AUGGAAGAAAUUAGUCCAAGCAAAGAUCAGCGUGAAGUUGGAAUGGAUCGGACUCUCUUGGGAAAACAUGCUACAAUCAGCCAAACAGAAAUCGCCGCAAACAAGAGGACAACCUCAAACACUCAAGAACCGCAACUGCACAAAGAUGUAGCUAAUGGGACAUAUUCAACGAAUGACUUCAGACCGGCGAAACAGAUGCGUAAAAGUGGUGAGCAAGAUACUGCAAUGAAGAACUCUGAAGCAGCUACAUCUGGAUCCAAGGUCAACAAAUCUCAGCCCAUAGCGUCUUCCAGCUCGGUGCCACAGUGGACAGAUGAACAACUUGAAGAACUCUUUGCCAAACGAGAACUUAUUCAUGAGUCUGCAAGAAGACUUCUUUUAGAGUUGGUUGAGUUCACUGAGAAGCCUUUAAGCCCGGUGUUGCCAAAAUCUUCUUUCAAGGAACCUUUGAUUGGGAAGGAGAGGGGUUUUAGAUCGCGGAAUGAUGAGCCUUCUCAACGUGUUCGAAAUGAAGGAUGCCGAGUGUGCACUGAAGUCGCUGACCGAAGAUCUGUUGCUGCUGUUGUCAAGGAAGGAGAUUGGAUAUGUCCUGACAAAGGGACCAAAGAGAACUUCAACAAGAAUGUUGUUGAAAUGAAAAAAGGAGACUGGAAUUGCUCUGGGUGUGGAUUCAUGAACUUCUCUAGCAACAAACAGUGUAAACAGUGCCGAGAACGACAUCCAAAGAGGCAACUGGAGCCUUGA